GCACAGGAUUCCAGCUGCAUGGAAGGCGUUCCCCUGAAGAUGCCCAUAGGUCCCGUCUCUGUGGAGGUCAUAGAGGACGUCAAGGUGACCCUGCCGGACUACCUCACCAUCCUGAGAGACACAGAGUACGAGUUCAGUCUGGAGAACUGGAUGCUGACUGGACUGGAGAAUGGCUUCACCAACCAGCAACAACCCCAUACCUCCUCUUUUCUAUCAGAGCUUCAGCCAUCAUGUCCCCCAUAUUGGAUGAUGUUCAGCAGCCCGCAGCAGAGCCGCCUGGCCAGUCGACACAACUCAGACUUCUGGGAGCCCAAUCCUCGACAACGCUCCCAUAGCCUCAACCCAGCUGUGCUGCGUGCCAAGUUCACCAUUUCAGGCUCAGAGGACAAAUCAGACAAGAUUGUACCAGUGAUGUGCUCCUCAGAGGAUUCUCGCCCUGCUGCUCGCUGCCAGCACGGUCAGAAGAAACCACAGAAAGCCUUCAUCCCUGAUUUGCUCAAUCCUCCUUCUUGCCUGAGCAGCUUGCCACACCAGCGCAGGAAAAACUUGCGCCAGUGUUCCCUGUCAGUGACGGACUCAUCCAUCCUGCAGAAGCCUAAAACAGAGAGCUCAUUCUCAAACAUAGUCUCCGGGAGCAGGAACAAUACACUCAACACAACCGUCAGAGACCACGGCUCCCCGCUUAAGGUGAGAGAUGCUCUACUUCACUUUGAAUUUUACAGCUCAGCACCCACCUAUCCAACGACUGUUUGUCAAACUCUCUUGUGUUACCACUCAGGUGAGUGUUCCAGACUUGUACAACAAGGCAAGGGUUUGAUGCAAAUUUUAUAAAGCAAAAAAAUAAAAUAAAAUUUGUCAACAAGCUAAUCAACAUAUGUUUGAAUGAAAAUACAAAAAUAAAACAGGCGAAAGUCCCAGAUUCCUUUGGGCCACAUACAUUUCUAUUGACAGAGGAACAUCACAGACCUCACAGCUCAUUAUGGCUGAACUUCAAUCUGCCAGUGUAGUUUCAGGAAUCAGACAGCCCAAAAAAUUGCUUCACAUCGAAUUGCACUGCUGUCUAUUUGACAUUUUUCCUGGAUUUUUAUUUAUUUUUUUUUUUAUGCAGCUUUUUUUUUUCUCUCGUAAGUUUUCCUUUUUGUGUUUAUGAAAAAUA